CCUACCCUCCUGCUUGCCCAGUUCUCAGCAUGUGCCGGGGUUUAGCUGCACUUUCCACCUGCUUGGAAAGAGCCAAACAACUCAAGACUCGUUUAGGGAUCCUGCUUCAUAAACCAGAGUUGGGACAUGAGGCUGAGAGCUUCAGCACGUCUGAGCAGGGCACCAAACUGAGAAACUCCUCAGAGGAAGCACUAGAAUGGAAGAAGUCCUUUGAUCACCUGCUGAAGAGUAGAAAUGGGGUGGCUACAUUCCAUGCCUUCCUGAAGACAGAGUUCAGUGAGGAGAACCUUGAGUUUUGGUUGGCUUGUGAGGAGUUCAAAAAGUCCCGGUCAAAAACUAAACUGUCAUCCAAGGCCCACAGGAUCUUUAAGGAGUUUGUUCAAAAUGAAGCACCUAAAGAGGUGAAUAUUGACCAUGAAACCAGAGAAAUAACCCGGAAGAACCUGACAGCUGCUACUUCUUCUUGUUUCGAUGCUGCACAGGCAAAAACCCGCACUUUGAUGGAGAAGGAUUCCUAUCCCAGGUUCCUGAAAUCUACCUCCUACCAGGACUUGACAGAGCAAAUCACCAGCCAUAGCACCAGCAAGCGGUUGCAUACCUGAUCCAAGUCACCUGCACUGCCAGAAACUGGGGGGUGAGGGGAAGAGCCACAUAGUGAAGCAAAGGUAGAGGAGGCAGGAGCCUGAGAAACAGCGACUGAGGCAGAAAGAGCUCUGAGCAGUGGGGUUUUGGCUAAAGUCCUGGGAUUUUAUCCUUAUCAGGAUCCCUAGGAUCUCAAAUGCUUCCAUGUACCUCCGAGCUGUAGGGAGAAGCACCUGUCCCCCAUCACUGGCAUGGGAGAUGGUGAAAUGGGAACUGUUGGGAGAGAGAGAUGGGUGGACAGUUGCUUAUAUGCAAGCAAGCGCUCCAGUGACGGGUAGUGGGGAAAAAAGUAUGCAAGAAGAGACUUGCACUAAACGUAGAGAGAGAGAGAGAAGGGAGCUGGAUGAGAGGCUCCACCUGAGUGGCAGGUUCCAUUGAAAACAGGGUAGAUUCAAUUCCCCCCCAAACUGUCCACCAUCUGAUGUUGAACUUU